GGGGCCCACAGGACGGCCCACACCUGUCGGAGCGGCCGACAGGACGCCUCCACACCUGGGAGUUAACCCUUGGUCAUGGGAAACAUAACAGCAGAACCUAUUCUCUUCACUUUUACCCUCGCCUUCGUCAGCCUGGUGUUGCUGGGUCAAGACUUCAUCUUGCGGCGCAAGUGUUGGGAGCGACUAGCGGACUCCGCCUGCAGUGCCCUGAACGCCUCCCACCGCCCCACACCCCUCAGGCAGGAAGCCUCGCUGCUCGCUGAGAUCACGCCCAACACCCAGGAGGAAAAGGAUGUCUACUCAGAGGCAGUCAAGCUCUACGCGGCCGUCUUUGUCACCUUCUGCGUCACCUCCGUCGCCUCCUCCCAGCUCUUCGGCUCCUGGAUAGACAGGUGUUCGAGGAAGGCGAUAAUGGUGGCUCCGUCGGUGGGGCUGGUGCUGUGGGCGCUGACGUACCUAGUGCUGGCCGCCCUGCCCUCCCUCCCACUACAAUGGGUCUUCCUUGGCAGCUGCCUGGGAGGCCUAUCUGGCGGCUUCCCCACUCUCAAGACAGCAGUGAUGACUUACGUGUUGCUGGAGACGCCCCCUGAACAAAGGACAGUGCGUGUGAGCAUCCUAGAAGGAUGUACCUACUUGGGCAGCCUCACCGCUACCCUUGCUGUCUAUAUCCUCACUAGGCUUGACAACACCAACCACGCCCUGCUCUUUCUUGUUAACGAGGUGGUUUGUGUUGUGAACUUGGUGUACAUCCUCAUCAUCCUUCCGGACGACUCUGAGCCACGAACCGCAGCUAUCAGCAAGUCUAUACCAGACAUUCUGACAUCCCUUGAGGAACAGGACACCCUCUCCGUCAUGCCUGAUGCUUCCAGCAGUGACGCCGAGGACCUCGAAGGCCCUCCUUCUUCACCUAGCGGCAACCCAAUCCUCACAAAUGACAACGACAAUGACAUAACCUUGCUGUGCCCGGUUAUCGCCAUUCCUGGCGAUGACUGGAGCAACUAUGGCACUCCUCCGGAAUACCCUGACGACUGCAGCGCCUACGGCACCCCUCUGCAGAGGACCCAGUCGUCACUGGCACUCAGACCAGACACUGUUGUCGAGGGCGUUAGCACCACCUCUAGUGUGUAUGGCACCCCCGUUGCCACUACAUACCUUGGUGACCAGCCCUUGUCUGACAAACAUAUAGGUGUCAUGAACAUAGAUGUCGUGUCUCCAGGUGACACAAAUGACAGUGAAACAUCUCUUAAACCAGCAUCACUAUGUGAAAAGAAUGUUGGUACCAUGCCUUCAAGUAAGAUGUAUGUUGGUGACACAAAACCAAACAACACGCAUACAGGUGACACGUUACCAAGUGUCACGCAUACAGGUGACACGUUACCAAGUGACACGCAUACAAGUGACACGCCACUAAGUGUCACGCACGCAAGGAACAGUUAUGAAGGUGUCACCGUCAAUGGUAUUAUCAAUCAUGGUUAUGACACAUUUGAUUCACCCUUGGAUACAAAUACCAGUGUGUUACGGGAAGAGGGCGACCACCAACACUCACUCCAACACCAACACACUUCCCCACACCAUCAACACACACUCCUCAACCACCAACACAUUUCCACGAACCACCAACACUCAUUGCACUCACCCCAACACCACCAACACCCACUCCAAUACCAACAUUCACCCCAACACCAUCAACACCCACUCCAACACCAUCAACACUCACCCCAAACCCACCAACACCACCAACACCCACUCCAACACCAUCAUCCACUCCAACACCAUCAACACUCACCCCAACACCCAUUCCAACACCACCAACACUUACUCCAACACUCACUCCAACACCACCAUCAAACCCUCCCACACCACAAACACACUCUUCCAAAAAACCAGCAGACUUUUCAAUACCACCAACACCAAAAUACUUUAUCUGAUCACCAACAUACACAUACACACUCAGACCAUCAACACACUUUGCCAGACCACCAACAUACUUUACUAGACCAACAACAUACUUCACCAGACCCCCAACAUACACUACCAGACCACCAACAUACUUCACCAGACCAACAACAUACUUCACCAGACCACCAACAUACUUCACCAGACCACCAACAUACUUCACCAGACCACCAACAUACUUCACCAGACCAACAACAUACUUCACCAGACCAACAACAUACUUCACCAGACCAACAACAUACACUAACAGACCAACAACAUACUUCACCAGACCAACAACAUACACUAUCAGACCACCAACAUACUUCACCAGACCACCAACAUACUUCACCAGACCAACACACCCAGGCAGAUCAAAAGAACUGUCUCUCUGAAGAUGAAGUUGACAACUUUCGUCCUAUUCGUCCUCUACGAGUUAACACCAGCAGCCCUGACGACCCACAGCUGAUGCCGCCUCUCCUGAUGACUCCAACACCUGCUGACAACGUGGGUCACACACCGACCCUCUUGCUGACUCCUCCAACACCUAUUGAGAACGUGGGUCACACACCGACCCUCCUGCUGACUCCUCCAACACCUAUUGAGAACGUGGGUCACACACCGACCCUCCUGCUGACUCCUGCAACACCUGCUGACAACGUGGGUCACACACCAACCCUCUUGCUGACUCCUGCAACACCUAUUGAGAACGUGGGUCACACACCUCCUCUCCUGCAGACUCCUCCAACACCUGCCAACUCAAUUAACACUUCCGACUCCAGUUGUGCGAAUGUGGACCCUGCUAUAAGGGUUGGUGAGCGGUGCGAUGGACGCCUUACUGACGGAGAUGCAGACAGAGGGCGCCUGGGCGUUCUGGGCCACAUUGCUGACCCCUUGUCAGCCACCUUCCGUCGUCGCUCUCUGGGACUAAGAGCCAUUGUGGUUGCCGAUCUCGUAGCUGCCUUCUUCAUUAGUUUUGUUUUCUCAGCUGAGGUAGACACGACGUACCUGUACCUGGAAGCGAAGAUGCAGCUGGAGACGGACAGGUACGCCGGUUACUACGUGUUCAAGGGCAGCGUGGAGAGCCUGGCACUGCUGCUGCUGCUGCCACUGUUGAAACGCUUCCCAGGGCUCCAUGACGCCUCACUGGGGGUUGUCGGCGGCGUCAGCUGCUGCGCCUUCUUCGUCGUCAUGGGCUCUGUCGCCAGUCCCAACUUGCUCUAUCUCGUGGUGGUGCUGGGGGGCUUCAGCAAGUACCUGCUGGUGGCUGAGAGAACCAUCAUAUGGGGACUGCUGGAGCCUGGCGAGCAAGGUCUGGUGGUGACGGUGGUCAACAGUGUGGAGCUGCUGGGAGUGCUGGCGGGCUGCCUGACCUUCCACACUGUCUUCACCCUCUUGAUGACCCUCAACAUGCCUGGAGUCACCCUCCUACUCGCUGGCCUCAUAGUCCUCAUACCCACCCUCAUAUUUGGGUCGCUCUACUUCGCCCUCACCCUUCGUCAGGAUCCCUCCAGCCUACUCCCCUCACCUGCCCUCACCACACACUACACUCCUCCCCCACCACCCUGACCCAACCUUCACCGUAACAGAGGUGGUAGUCACCAUACCCUACCAUGACUACGUUGUCUCUAUGGCAGCUCCAUUGCACCCCCCCCCCCGCCUCAACACCGGCAAUACCCCCUCUGACAACAACAAGACGUAUGGCACCGACUACAGUAAUAUGGCACCUGACAUUGGUAAUACACCCUUAUGAAUAUCGACUAAUUCAACCAAGGGUGAAGUCGACAUAAACAUCAGUAUGGCAACAGCUGGUGAAGACAUGGAAUACAAAUGAUGUUUAUGGCAACAGCUGAUGAAGACAUGGAAUACAACUGAUGUUUAUGGCAACAUCUGAUGAAGACGUGGAAUACAAUUGAUGUUUAUGGCAACAUCUGGUGAAGACAUUAAAUACAAUUAAUGUUUAUGGCAACAGCUGAUGAAGACGUGAAAUACAAUUGAUGUUUAUGGCAACAUCUGGUGAAGACAUUAAAUACAAUUAAUGUUUAUGGCAACAGCUGAUGAAGACGUGGAAUACAACUGAUAUUUAUAGCAACAGCUCUCACCCUCGCAUCACAUACAUUUUGUAAAACAUUAAACUACCAAGUCUAAUUAUUAUUGUCUAAAUUAUUUAUUAUUGUUUGAAUUAUUAAGUGUCUGAAUUAUUUAUAUAAUUCUUAAUGUUGUUUUAAUUAUAUAAUUAUCAUUUCCUAUAAUAAAUCUAUUGUUAGUAUUAUUAUAGAGAACAUAUGGUUUAAUUAAUAUAUUUAAGGUUAUUAGAAUAACACCUUCACAUGGUGUCAUUAAGACUUGUUGGUGGUACAGUUCAUCAAUGAACCUGCUGUAAUUACUGUAAUACAUCUACAUGAUGUAACAAUUAUAAAAUAAUCGCGUGUUUUGAUCUCUACUUUCUAUUCUUUAAUAAGUAAACUAUCUACAUUGUUCAGAAUACAGUUUACUGGACUGGAGUAUCUUCAACCACUACAUAAGAACUACCUAUGUAUUACCCAAGGUCCGUACCUGUAACUGUAGCAAUAAAAUAAAGGUGAAUGAAAAGCACAACUUACAAUGAUUCAUAAUGAAGAAUGUGACGUGUAGAUUCUGAUGAUUAUUUUAUUACAUGGUCAAGCACAGGAUACCAUGCACCGCUGGUACAAUGACGUCAAUAGUAGAAUGUUGUUACUAGUACAAUGACGUCACUAAUACAAUGGUGCCACUAGUAGAAUGACGUCACUAGUACAAUGGUGUCACUAGUACAAUGAUGCCACUAGUAGAAUGACGUCACUAGUACAGUGACGUCACUAGUACAGUGACGUCACUAGUACAAUAACGUCACUAGUAGAAAUACGUCACUCGUACAAUAAUGUCACUAGUCAAUAAUAGUAGAAGACUAACAGACAGCUGUCUAUGGUCACACUAACAUCAGAGGGUUGUAAACAAACUAGAGACAUAGCUGGGUUAAUUGUUGUUGUUGUUUUAGAAUUAGCUACUCAGAACGAAAUGUCCAGGUAGCAUGGGGGCUAUAGGGCAUGCCUGACUUGAACCAUUCAAGUCCUCUCAGAUCAUAAAGAGAUCAUGUACGCAUGUGUCGCUCCGGCCGUAGCUGAGCCUGCGUGUGGGAACCCCCUCGUCCUCUACACUCCAAACGGAUGCGCCUAAUCGUCUCAUUUCGCUCUGGAGGUCCUUGUCUGAGAAGAAGGAAUUGGAGUGUGAGGACAGGGCGAGGAACUUGUGCCCAGCUACUUGGACUAACAAAUCAUGCAAACUUGUCUGGGUCACCACCUGACCCAGUGAUCACAGACCUGAUAGAAAACCUUAUAACAUAAAACCUAAUAAAUUUUUACAUUCUGUGCAUUCAAAACGGGAAUUUUCUCUCAAGUAUAAAUUAAUAUUAUAAUAUGUUAGCAUAUUGUGCAUAU